AUGGCUGAAGAAUCAAUUAUUCAUCCUGGACCAUAUAAUCUUUCACUAUUGAAUAAGCAACAUGUACAUGUUUCUGAAUUUGUUUGGAGUGGGGAAAAUAGACUGUUACGAGCGAGACGUGCACGAGACUCUCGGUCGGACAAGUUGAUAAGCACUGUGCCGAAUCCAAUUAUACCACUCCUCCAAACUGCCGGACUUUACUAUGUUGCUUGUGUUAAGGAUGUAAGCCUAAAUCAUGGGUUGAUAUCUGCUUUGGUCGAGAGAUGGAGACCGGAAACCCACACGUUUCACCUUCCGGUGGGGGAGUGCACCAUAACAUUGCAAGAUGUUGCACUCCAACUUGGGUUGAGGAUUGACGGUCGGUCAGUGACCGGGGUGACAACUCAUGAUGAUUGGAGGGCUCUUGCUUACGAGCUACUUGGAAAGACUCCUAAUGAAAGUGAUAUGAAAGGGAGUCGACUAAAAAUGUCUUGGUUGAAUGAAAAUUUUAGUAAUGUGGGGGAUUUUGUUCAGGAUAUGACAUCCUUGACGCGCUACACACGCGCGUACAUAUUACGUUUGUUUGGGGGUCUUAUGUUUCCUGACAGCUCCGGUUCGCUUGUAUCUUUGAGAUAUUUGCCGUUGCUACGAAACUUUAGCUACAGUUGGGGGUCUGCAGUGUUGGCCCAUUUGUACAAAUCUCUUUGUAGUGCGACAGAUGUUGAGAAAAAGGAACUUACUGGGUGCAAUUUGCUAGUUCAGCUUUGGGCUUAUGACCGAAUUCGUGGAAUCGGUAUGGAAGAGGAUGCCCUUGUAAUUGUUCCGAACCAACCUCUUGGAGCUAGGUGGAAGAAAGAGAUAACUUGUCCAAGUUAUCCACUCCAGUGGUACCGCAGGAAACUGGAUACACUGCGCGAAUCAGAAUUUGUUUGGCAACUAUAUCCAGAGCAUGUCCUCGGUCUUCUCCCUCCUCAGUGUGUCCAGGAUAGAGCUUUGUGGAAAGUUGUGGUGCCUUUACUAAACAUGGAAGUUUAA